GGAAACGGGAACGGGUCAGGCGGACUGUAGAAACGGAGCGGUGUUUAAUUUUUUACGCCACGGGUUCAGUAUAGCCGGCGUUUUCUGUUCCAUUGGUACACUAUACCUAGGGGGCGCCACGGUUCUCGGAAUUGUCAUUUUAUAGUAUAGGACUGAUAGUAAUAUCGUUUAUCAGUCAUGUGUAGAUAAAGGUAAUAAUGAUAUCAAAUGUCUUAUUUUUAAAAAAAUACUGGUCCACAGAAUACGGUUUUUUUGAUCCAACCAUUAGAUUUUAAAGAUUAAAAUACCUGUACCUAUAUAUAAUGGAAGAGAUAAAAAGACGAUUCAGGUACAGUGAAGAGGACUUGAAAAGGGCAAUGGAAGCAGUUCAGCAAAAUGAAAUGACUCUAUGUAAAGCUAGUGCUAGUUUUAAUAUCCCUAAACUCUAUCAAAUAAAUUAAAUAAAAAGGUUCCAUUGGAAAGAAAAAUGGGUCCUAAGACAUAUUUGUCAGAAGAAGAAGAAAUUAGAAUUAAGAAUUGGAUUCUAGCCAAGGCAGCAGUUGGUUUUCCAGUCAGACCAGAUGAUAUUAGAGACUCUGUACAAAAUGUAUUGAAACAGUUUACCCGUGAUACACCUUUCAUUAAUUGUAGGCCUGGUAUUAAAUGGUUAAAUUUAUUUUUAAAUUGCCACAAAGAAAUUGGGAAAAGAAAUGCUGAAAUUGUAUCAAAAGCAAGGGCUUUGGUAACAAAAGACCAAAUUAAAAACUGGUUUGAUGGUGUGAAAAAUUUUUUAAUAAAUGAAAACUGUGUGGAUAUAUUAGAUGAUGGUAGAUGCAUUCUAAACUGUGAUGAAACUGGAAUGAAUACUUGCCCUAAAACAGGCAAAGUAUUAUGCCUAAAGCAAAUGCCAAACUUUUAUGAGGUUGCAAAUGGUCCAGAAAAAGAAUGUACAACUGUUUUAUGUUCUUUUUCAGCUGAUGGUUUUAAACAUAAGAAGUUUAAAAGUUUGUUUUUAUGUUUUAUUAAGUUAACAUUUUAAGUUUGAUUAUUCGUUUUUAUAUAUUAAGCAUUAUAAGUUUGUUUUUAAUAUUCUAUUUUAAAUUAGUUAUUUAGUUGAAGUUUGAAAGUUUGUUUUUAUUUAAUAUUUAUACCUAUCUGUAUUGAAAGAGUUAAAGACUAACUAAUAAAAAUUUAAAAAUUGUUUUUUUUUAUUAAGUUGAUAAAUGUUAUUUC